AACUACUGGCUGUAAGGAGCUAAACCACAAAGCACUCCCUCACAGAAUUAUCCCCAAAACCAGAUUUCUGUGGCUCUCCUUUAAUUUUUAAUGGAUAUCCAAAACAUGUCAAGAAAUCAAAUGAGCUCUCCCGUAAGUUCAUAAUCAACAACAACCAAAUCUUUAACCUUACUUCAACAAUGAAUGACAGAGUAGACAAGCUGGUCAUCUUUCUAGCAAAGAGAGAUGGCAUUGACAAGCUUGUCAAGACUUUCCAAUAUAUCACCAAGCUUGUUCACUGGCAAGUGGAAACCACUCACCCAGAAAUUGCAAAGAGGUUCAAGCAAUGGGAGGUUGCCUCGGGUCUUAGCAGAAAAGCCUUUAGAACUGGCAGGUUCCUUACUGGUUUCAAUGCUUUGAGAAGAAACCCUGGUUCCAGUCCAACUUUCAAGUUCCUAGCUGUUCUUGCUAAUGCAGGAGAGAUGGUCUAUUUCUUUUUUGACCACUUUCUAUGGCUAUCAAGAAUUGGGACUUUAGAUGCGAAGUUGGCAAGGAGGAUGAGCUUCAUAUCCGCAUUUGGUGAGUCUUUUGGUUAUAUUUUCUUCAUUGUUUCAGAUUUCAUUAUCAUGAAAGAGGGGCUAGAGGCAGAGAAGAAGCUCAUUGCUUUAACAGAAGAAGAUUCAAAAGAUGCAAAAGAGAAGUUACGGAAGAUAAUAGCUGAUAGGGUGAUGAGGUUGAUGGCAGUGGCAGCAAAUAUUGCUGAUUUAAUUAUUGCAAUUGCAGAUAUCGAACCCAACCCAUUCUGCAACCAUGCUGUGACUCUUGGAAUCAGUGGCCUGGUCUCUGCAUGGGCUGGUUGGUACAGAAAUUGGCCCUCAUAAAAGAAUAUUUAUAAGGAAAAUUGAUGAACAAAGUCUUAUUCAAUAUUCGAUGGACACUCUUUCCAAAUCUUGCAGUAACUAUCUCCAAAAUAGUGAGGAUUUCACGCUGAGGUAUCGAUUUUGCAAAUAUGUUUGUUUUGUUCUAUACUAGGAUAGGAGAGAACAAGAGUUUUUAGCUAUUCCUUUUUCUUUGCUCCAAUUUCCUUGCUGUAUUUCCUGCAUAGUUUCACGUGAAAUUAAUGAAGCAAGGAAUAAGAACAAAAGGGCUAAGUAUGAAUGAUAUCUUCAGUGAUAUUUGCCAACCAACAUAGGGAUUUAGAGAAAAUUUUCUCUCAAAUUGCCUAGUGAAUAUCUUCAAAGGGGUGAACAAGACUUUAUCCAUCAUUU